AUGCUGACUAAGCAGGAAGGGGAGGAGAGUUCCCUGCAGGAGGCUCCCCUCCACAAUCCCCCGGAGCAGGUGGCUGGUAAGAAGGAGUGUCAGCACCGAAUCAAAGUCGAAGCCAAAGUCAGCCACAAAAAGCAAGCCCGACAAAGUACCCGCAAAAAGCAAGCCCGACAAAGUACCCGCAAAAAGCAAGCCCGACAAAGUACCCGCAAAAAGCAAGCCCGACAAAGUACCCGCAAAAAGCAAGCCCGACAAAGUACCCGCAAAAAGCAAGCCCGACAAAGUACCCGCAAAAAGCAAGCCCGACAAAGUACCCGCAAAAAGCAAGCCCGACAAAGUACCCGCAAAAAGCAAGCCCGACAAAGUACCCGCAAAAAGCAAGCCCGACAAAGUACCCGCAAAAAGCAAGCCCGACAAAGUACCCGCAAAAAGCAAGCCCGACAAAGUACCCGCAAAAAGCAAGCCCGACAAAGUACCCGCAAAAAGCAAGCCCGACAAAGUACCCGCAAAAAGCAAGCCCGACAAAGUACCCGCAAAAAGCAAGCCCGACAAAGUACCCGCAAAAAGCAAGCCCGACAAAGUACCCGCAAAAAGCAAGCCCGACAAAGUACCCGCAAAAAGCAAGCCCGACAAAGUACCCGCAAAAAGCAAGCCCGACAAAGUACCCGCAAAAAGCAAGCCCGACAAAGUACCCGCAAAAAGCAAGCCCGACAAAGUACCCGCAAAAAGCAAGCCCGACAAAGUACCCGCAAAAAGCAAGCCCGACAAAGUACCCGCAAAAAGCAAGCCCGACAAAGUACCCGCAAAAAGCAAGCCCGACAAAGUACCCGCAAAAAGCAAGCCCGACAAAGUACCCGCAAAAAGCAAGCCCGACAAAGUACCCGCAAAAAGCAAGCCCGACAAAGUACCCGCAAAAAGCAAGCCCGACAAAGUACCCGCAAAAAGCAAGCCCGACAAAGUACCCGCAAAAAGCAAGCCCGACAAAGUACCCGCAAAAAGCAAGCCCGACAAAGUACCCGCAAAAAGCAAGCCCGACAAAGUACCCGCACCGCUAACCACACGAUCCGGCGUCUUAAGAAGGGGUCGAGAUGCGAGGGCUGUAUAAGGGCCGGACAUUAG